CAUGGUGUGGUCGAAUUCAAUUUCCCAUUUCCUAAAACACAAGUUUGAAGAACAGAGAGUAACAUAUCCCAGUUGUAAGAUGAGUGAACUGCAGAACAUGAUCUGUAAGGUGCUUCUCAAGGAAACCAGGAAGGAAAACCUGCAGCCUGGAGAUCACAUCUACACAUGGACACGAGCCAAUACAAAAGAACAUGGAAUAUAUUUGGAUGCUGAAAACGUGAUCCACUUCACUCAAGGUCGACCAGGAGCAAGGUCAGACGGUCAUCAUUGUACAUGUCCAAAAUGCAGAGACCGUGAUCAAUCAAGUGUUCAUGGUGUGGUCUGUUGCUGCAUAGAUUGUUUCCGUUCUGGUGCAGAUCAUCUCUAUCUCUUUGAAUAUGAUGUUAAUCCAGCUCUCAUCCUCACCAAACUCGGAGGAGGUACAACUCUUGCCCUUGCUGACCAGCCUGACGUUGUGCUGGACCGUGCACUUAGUUUCCUUACUAGCAAUGACUCCAGUAGCCACUAUCGUUUCAUAAACAAUGGUAAAGACUUUGCAAUGUAUUGCAAAACAGGCUUGGUAGUUAUAGAUAACAUAAAUUUUAGCAGAAGCUGGCAAACUGCAGUAUUUUUCUUGGCUGUUACUGUCACAUUCUUUCUUUCUCUGCAGCAACUCACAGCUGCUACGUUCACUGGUGUGGCAGCUACAUGUUUUGGCUUAUACUGUAUUUAUAGAUUUGGCUCUGAUAUCGGAGCCCGUCCUAAUGUUAUUAAAGUGGAUAGAGUAAAGAACUUGCCUGAUGUUGAUGAGAAAUUGUCUUCUGCUGCUUUUGGCUUCAGACCCUUUCAAUCCUUAGUUGACCUGUUCAUAGUACUACUGAUGGCUCAUUUCAAUACUCAGUUGCUAUCAAGUGUACUAAUGUGGUCUCAGCCUCUUCAACUGCGGUCUGAGACUCCUCGAGCAGUCUGGAUUCUAGCAUGGAUCAUAUUUUUCUACUCAGCAAUAUUACAAGGAAGAUUGUUUUCAAACAAGAUACAUAAAAAGCAGCUGAAGCCUGGAGAUCACAUCUAUACAUGGAGGCACAACUCCUGCAGUACCAAUGCCCAUCACGGUAUAUAUGUCGGUGACAGUGACGGAGAAGUGAUCAACCUCAUUCGUGGAGUAGACCCUAUUUUACCCAUCUCAGCUUCAUCCCAUUCAUCAGACAUUCCCAUAAGCACUACCUCCGCCGCCAGUAGUCGUGUAGAAUAUUGCAGCCUAGAUAGUUUUCUUAAUGGUGAUGAAGUCUAUCUCUAUAAAUAUGGUGUUAGUCUUGCUUUCUUUAUAGCCAAAAUUUUUGGUGGUACUUGUACCCUUUGCUCUACUGAUCGGCCCGAGACUAUCAUGUACCGUUCCCGCCGGGAGUUGAACACAGGUUCUGGAAUUGGUGCCUACAACAUUUUCAACAACAGUUGCGAAGACUUUGCAAUAUAUUGCAAAACAGGGUUGCAUUCAAGAAAUAGAAUUAUUAACCUUGGCUGGAAUGGGCAGAUAGAAUCUUACUUUGGCAUGUUUUAUGCUAUCACCAUUUUUAAGUUUACAUUCCUACCUAGCAAUCCUAUUGGUGUGGCAGCUACGGUUUAUUUCAUCUACUCUAUGUUUAGAUUUGUUGCUGAUCCUACACAUUGUGGGAAAGCUUAUCAAGUUCGACUUAAGACAUUGCCAUCUUGGAGACGUCGUGAUCGUUUUCCUAUAAUGCCUCAAUUCAUGUAUCUUGGAGACAAGAUUUUUCUAUUCUGAAAGAGAA